AUGUCGGGUAAUGAAAAUUUAAUUGCGUCUCUUAAUUAUAUAACAGCGCAAAUUAAUCGAUAUGGAGCUCUCUUUGUCAUUUUAUUUGGUACUACUGGUAAUCUUCUGAAUUUUAUUGUUUUCAAUGAUCGUGCUUUUCAUGAAAAUCCAUGUACAAACUAUCUAUGGUGGUCAUCUAUUUCAAGUAUCCUUUUCAUAUGGUCUGGAUUAUUAACUCGAGUGCUUUCAGGUUAUGGAAUCAAUUGGCCAAAUCAAAAUCCACCUCUCUGUAAAAUUCGUCUCUUCAUACUUAAUAUAUGCUGGUCAAUAGCAGCUUGGGCUUUUGUUGGCGCUACUAUGGAUCGAUAUUUCUGUAGUAGUGCUUCAGCUGUUUAUCGAUUAAAGAGUUCAAUUCGAACAGCAAGGAAAUUUUUAAUUGCUAUACUGAUUUUGUCGAUUCUUUUAUUUGUCCAAGUUUUCUAUUGUUACCAAGCUAGUGUUCCUAAUGUUCCUGUCCUAUGUUAUACUCAAGCUCCAGCAUGUCAGCUGUACAAUGAUUGGACGAAUAUUUUAUACAAUAUUACUAUACCAAGUUGUUUUAUGGCUAUUUUUGGUAUAUUAACAAUUACCAACAUUCGAAAACGAAUUAUACAUCCUGCACCGACAUCAAAUAGUUUAUCAAUGCCCAACAACGCAAAUAUGCAUGUAAAUCUGAAAAAAAUUGAUCGUAAUCUACGUAGAAUAUUGUUAAUUCAAGUUCUGGUUCUUCUAGCACUAAGUUUACCAGUUGGAAUUCAGCGAUUAUAUGCUAGUGUUACAUCAAAUGUUUCCAAAAGUAGUCUUCAAGUGGCAAUUGAAAAUUUAAUUUAUGCCAUCAUUGUUUUAAUUCGUUUUAUUGCUUAUUCAAUGUCAUUUUAUUUAUAUAUUUUUAGUGGUUCAAUGUUUCGUGAUACAUUUAAACGCAAAAUUCAGCGUAAAUUACGUGAUAUGCAUAUUAUUCAUUGA